CGUCCAAAGAACAUUUACUGUUCUUUGUUUAUUGGAUUGAAUUGGUUAAAUAUCUCCAGGGCAAGCAUGAUCAUUUUACAAUGAAAUAAUGAUUUUCUGUAAAUGCUUAAUUACAAAAACAUUUUUCCUUUACAAAGUUUCUGGGAAGAAGUUACUCCGCUGCCUGAUUUUUAAUCUGUCUUGGUACUGUCCAUGGUCCUUAAACUGACAACGCUUCGUUGCGUCAUUUGUCUUAGCCACUUAAUGUGAAAAUCUAAACCCCUACGUUCUUUACAAUAUGGCUAUAAUCAGUGUCUAGGUAUGUGUAACCGUGUUCGAUAGCGGUUCGCUAUAUAGCAAGUAGACUGCUGGAGGUGCUGAUGACGUCACUACUAUGAUGACUAGCCUACUGUAUGCAGACUCGACUAUUAUUCACAAAACGCGAUGCCCUAAAUGUGCUACGAAAACAAGCGUAUCUAAGUGCUGUGUUUUACGAACAGUCUCUGUAAUUCAGUAAAAAUGUGUACAACUGCCUCAGGUAAAAAUAAAAGUUAAGAUGGAAUUUGUCAAUCAGAGCCCAGCACUGCAGGUAUAGUUCCCUCUGUGUUGUAGUCUGUAGAGAACACGAGCGCGCCGUGCAUUUCGGAAGAACGUGCAUGUAGAGCACUUAGUGCUCUCUGGAAUAUGCAUCUGGUCAAAUCAUUACUAUCCAUUACGGUUUGUAAAUCGUGAUAAUUCUUUGGGGAGAGAAAGAAAUCUAGCGCUCGAGCCUUGCAGACGGCGCUGCCAGCCGUGGGCGCAGCAUCGUUCGACGCUGCGCCCAGUCCUGCAGCCGGAGUAGGAAACAGGGUGGCACAGGCAGGUGGAGGCAGGAUGGGGUAGCCGAAAACGAAGGUGGGAAAUAAAGCCUAGAAGGGGAAAUCGGAGACGAUGUCGGACGCUAAUUCGCCCCGAGGAAUUCCCAGGAAGCGGAGGACAACGGCCUCCUUCCCUGGGACCCUCCACCUGGUCCUGGUGCUGCGGCCCAUCAGCUUCUUCCAGCGAGCCGUCACCGACCUGGGCUUCCGCUUCAGCCAGGAGGACUUCAUGCUGAAGAUGCCAGUGGUGAUGCUCAGCUCUGUCACAGACUUGCUGCGCUAUAUUGAUGAGAACCAGCUGACCCCAGAGUUUGGCGGUACGCUGGAGUAUUGCCACAGCAGCUGGAUUGUCCUGCGCACAGCCAUUGAGAGCUUUGCAGUGACUGUGAAGGAGAUCGCGCAGAUGCUACAAGCCUUCGGCACUGAGCUGGCAGAAACCGAUCUGCCUGAGGAGGGGACCGCCAUCGAAUUUCUCCUCAUGUCUCACACUGACAAGUAUAGGAAACUGAAGGAUGACAUCAGGUCAGUGAUGAGGGAGGCGCAUCACUUGCUCUCAAACCUGGAGGCUUCUGGGAUUGAGGAACAUUCUGGAAAACACUGGAAUGUCAGCCAGGAAUGGGAGACAGUGCAGAGGUUACUGGGUCAGCUGCGGGACAUGGAGAUGGCCUUCGAUGGCUUCUUUGAGAAGCAUCACCUGAAACUGCAGCAGUAUCUGCAGCUGCUGAGAUACGAGUGCAGCUUCCAUGAGAUGGAGUCCACGCUAGAAAAGCUGUCAGCCCAGGAGCAGGAGAUCGCGGUUUCAGGAGACACUGUGGCCCAGAUGGAACAGAUGAUCCGAGAGCUUGAUGGUCUGGAUGGUCAAGCGCAGGAGGAGAUGGGGCGUGCCCAGAUCAUCAUCCUGCACGGGCACCAGCUGGCAGCGAACCACCACUACGCCAUGGCGCUGAUCGUGCAGCGCUGCAACGAGCUCCGACACGCCUGCGACACGCUGACCGCCGCCCUGAGGGGGAAGCGCAGCGCCCUGACCCAAACCAGGGAACUGCUGCUGCGCCUGGAACAGACCCUGCGCUGGUGUGAUGAGGCAGCCUACCUCUUAGCCAACCAGCUGGUGGAAAAGUUCCAGUCCAGAGAUGGGGCGAAGGUUGCACUGCAGGAUAUCGAGCGCUUCCAGGAGGGUGCAGCUCCUCCCCUGAGUGUGGGUCCUGAUGUGCUGAGCAUGGAGUUUGAGUCUAUCCUCACCCCACAGCUACAGGCUCAGAUCGGAGCAGCCCAUGAGAAGCUCACUGCAGUCCAGGGGAUGCUCCAAAACCGGCAGGCCUGCCUGCGGACGUUGGCUGACAAGCAGGUCCGCCCCAUACAGCUGGUGGCCCCCCGACCUGAGAACCCACCCCGCUCCAAGUCCCCCCUCUUCUCCCCAAAACACGACUUCAAUUCCGGGUUGAAGUUCUCCUUUGACAUCUCCCUCCCGGGCAAGAGAGCAUCACGGAAAGGCCCCAGUGCCAGGAAGAUAGAGGUGAUGCAUGACUACGAGGAGAAUCGCAGCACUCUGUCCUUCAGUUCAGAGGGGGAAGACAGCCCAGACCUUUUGAAGCGCCACGUGAUUAAGGAGCUCAUUGAAACAGAGAGGAUCUAUGUGGAUGAGCUGCUGUCUGUGUUGCUGGGCUACAGGGCAGAGAUGGAUAACCCUGCCCUCUCAGGGCUUUUGCCCCCUGACCUGCGCAACAAGCAAGAGAUCCUGUUUGGGAAUAUGCCAGAGAUCUACAACUUCCACAGCAGGGUCUUCCUGCAGGAUCUGGAGGGAUGUCUGAAUGCUCCAGAAGGAGUGGGAGGGUGCUUUCUGGAGAGGAAAGAACAGUUCCAGGUGUAUGAGCGGUAUUGUCAGAACAAGCCUCGAUCUGAAUUGCUAUGGAGACAAUUUUCCGACUGUGCCUUCUUCCAGGAGUGUCAAAGAAAGCUUGAGCACAAACUAGGCUUGGACUCCUACUUACUGAAACCAGUCCAACGUUUGACCAAGUACCAGCUUCUUCUGAAGGAGCUGCUGAAGUACAGUGUUGGCUGCGAGGGAGCCUCCGACCUGAAGGAGGCGCUAACUGCAAUGCUGGACCUUCUCAAAUCUGUUAAUGACUCCAUGCAUCAGAUUGCCAUCACCGGUUAUGAGGGGGACCUGAGUGAUCUGGGCCGGGUGCUGAUGCAGGGCUCCUUCAGCGUGUGGCUCAGCCAUAAGAAGGGCCCCACGCGCAUGAAGGACCUGGCGCGCUUCAAGCCCAUGCAGAGGCACCUGUUCCUGCACGAGCGGGCCCUGCUGUUCUGCAAGCGCAGGGAGGAGCACGGGGAGGGCUGCUACAGCUUCAAACACCUGUGCAAGGUAGAGACCGCCUACCACAGCUUCAAACACCUGUGCAAGGUAGAGACCGCCUACCACAGCUUCAAACACCUGUGCAAGGUAGAGACUGCCUACUACAGCUUCAAACACCUGUGCAAGGUAGAGACUGCCUACCACAGCUUCAAACACCUGUGCAAGGUACAGACCGCCUACCACAGCUUCAAACACCUGUGCAAGGUAGAGACUGCCUACUACAGCUUCAAACACCUGUGCAAGGUAGAGACCACCUACUACAGCUUCAAACACCUGUGCAAGGUAGAGACCGCCUACCACAGCUUCAAACACCUGUGCAAGAUGAGCGCAGUGGGAAUCACAGAGAAUGUGAAGGGUGACGUGAAGAAGUUUGAAAUCUGGUACAGUGGAAGAGAGGAAGUGUAUGUGGUGCAGGCGCCAUCGGUGGAGGUGAAGCUGGCCUGGCUCAACGAGAUCCGCAGAAUUCUCACCAACCAGCAGAAACUUCUCCGAGAGGAGUCCUAUCAACACAGCCCAGUGUCUGAUCAGAUCCAGCUCUCCCCGCCACUGUCAGACAGCAAGCUGCAGAGGUCGUCGGUCAGCUCAGAGGAGACCGAGUCGGGUCGCACCAGUCCGGUCCUGCUGGACUCGCUCGUCUUCUCCCCCCAGCACCAGCCCAACCGCCGCAGCUGGCCGGGUGCCUCUCGCUCGGUGGAUAUCUGUGAGGGCCUGGAGAACUGGAGCAGAGCCAAUGACAGCUCCAAUCUGUCAGACACCGAGGAGGACGACGCGGUCCUGCUGGUCCCAGGCAAGUACAGGGCCUUGGCUGACUGUCAAAGGCCAGAUGACUUCAUCAUAAAGUGCGGUGACAUCAUCCAGCUGCUGCGGGAAGACAAAGAAGGGCAUUGGCUGGUGAAGAACCUCAGUCGCAGACAGGAGGGCUGGAUCCCAGUCGGAAGCCUGCAGCUGAUUCUGGGUGACAGUGCCAGGCUGCAAUCCAACAGGCUUGGAGAACCACCAUUUCUGAAAACCCGGAAGCUGAGCACUCCCUGAUUGGGUGGUGGCCCUCCUGCCUCGGCCCGCACAGAGCGCAGGACCGACGGGGGCUUGAGGACACGGCCGAGGACUCUGGGAUAGCUUUCAUUUACACCCAUGCAGACCUUUUUCCUGGUGGGUCCAACGGGCAGCCAAUCAAGGCAGAGCAGAGACACUUUGGAUUCUGCGUUCCGACAAAAAGGGAAGCAGGUCCAGGGCAGGUCUCCCAGGAAACAGCACAAAGGAAGGUCUGUGGUGAAGACUCUGUAGGGCUCAUUUCAGAUCUCAGAAACGAAGGAACCAGGAGCCCCAGUUCUGCAAUAAAAGCACUUGGUUGAGGCUGGGUUUAUCAGACCCAGUUUUGCACUGAAUUCCCUGGUUCAGUCAGGAUGGGACCUUUACAAUGUUUAACACAGAGGACAAGGGAGGAAAUCAUAUACCAACCAAAUAUGAAUUUAAAUCCACCCGUUUGGAGCGAGCGGGGGAGUGUGGGGGGGG